AUAUACACGACCGCACCGUCAGGGGCGUCAGAUUCAAUCGUAAGCGCUAGGAAGCUUGCAUUUAAAAAAGGAAGCAACUCUAAAAACGGACAGCGGACACCUACUGAGCGGGUUGGUUGCUCGUGCGCACCCGCGGGUUGCCGUGUGGUAAGAAAGAUAGUGUGAGGAGUGGCUGAGCAAAGCCCGGAGACGCUUGCAAAUGAUCGACGCCUUUCGCUUCCUCCUUACACCCUGCACACGCAACCCUUGCACCACGAGCCCUCGAUAGUGUACUUGAAAACACGCUCAGAUCCGGACGCACAAGUUGGCGCGGUCGUCAAGACGAGGCGUCGUCGCUAACACGACUCGCUCGCGUUGACAGCAACGAUCAUGGGUCUUCUGGGGUUCGUCGGCUUACCGGACUGGAUUUUUUUACUGGCGACUGCUUUAGUCCUGCUGUACAUGUACAUCACCCGAAACAGCAAUUACUGGAAGAAGCAAAAUGUUGUACACAUGACAUUCUUCGAGACUUUCGGAAUGUUGCUGAAGAUUUUACGCAUGCCCAUUCACGAGUUGGACCUUCGAAACCAGAGAAAGUAUGGAAAGCUCUUCGGCGCUUUCGAAGGUUCGUCGCCGACCCUUAUUGUGUCUGAUCCGGAGAUUGUGAAGCAGGUGCUCGUCAAAGAUUUUUCUCAUCUCGCCAACAGACGACUCCUUACUUUUAACGAUGAUAUUCUGAACAACAUGAUGAGCCUCGCCACCGUGGAACGCUGGAGGAGGAUUCGGCCUGCUGUUAGCCCCGCGUUUUCCACCGGGAAGUUGCGCAAGAUGAAUGGCCUCAUUCAAGAUUGUGCGAAGCUCACUUGCGAACACUUGCAUAAAGCGGCAGAAAACAAUGAAGAGCUGGACAUCAAACAGUUCUUCGGCCAUUACACACUGGACGUCAUCGGCAGGUGCGCGUUUGGAACUAAAGUUGACUCGCAUUCCAAUCAGACGAAUGAAUUUGUAACGAAAGCCAGGAAGGCGUUCACGACUACAAUUAAUCCACUUCUGCUGGUUAUAAUUGUUCUUUCAAACCUGUUUCCGUCACUGUUCAAAGUGCUCAGCCCGAAAUUUUUUCCGACGGAGAUCUUUGUUUACUUCAAGGAUAUAUGCGUAAGCAUUAUCGAAAAGCGAAAAGAAGCUAAUAUCAAGCAUCAGGACUUUCUCCAGCUCAUGGUAGAUGCCCAAGAGUCGGGUAUCGCGGAAGUCGGCAGCGACGGUGUCCAAGACAUGGAGAACAGUCUCUACAACCUUGGGAGCGAGCAGAAGUCGGAGACCUCGUUCAUCACAAAAUCCCUGACACAAGACGAAGCCCUGUCGCAGUGUGUGUUGUUCUUCACGGCGGGUUUCGAAACAACGUCGACCACGAUCGCCUUCGCCGUGUAUCAGCUGGCUUUGUGCCCCGACAUUCAAGACAGGCUGAGACAAGAAGUCGACGACUGUUUCGCAAAACAUGGUCCAGAACCAAGCCUUGACGCCGUCUCCAAGCUCGAAUACCUACACUGCGUUGUGUCAGAAACACUGCGCAUGUAUCCGCCAGCGCCGAGGGUGGACAGAACAACCACCACAGAGUACGUCCUCGAAGGUACAGGCAUCCGGCUGUUCAAGGGCUGCGUCGUCGGAAUCCCCGUCUACGCGAUGCACCACGAUCCCCAGAAUUUCCCGGAUCCCUUUAAGUUUGACCCGGAAAGGUUCAGCAAUGAAAACAUGGGAUCCAUUCGGCCGUACACGUACUUGCCUUUUGGCGCCGGUCCGAGGAACUGCGUGGGGAUGAGGUUCGCCAUCCAGAUGGUCAAGCUGUGCCUCGCGCACGCCGUGCACAACGUCCGGUUUGUGCGCACGGCCAAGACCCAGGUACCAAUGGUUUUCCAAAGGGGCAUCGGCCUGCUCAACGCAGAAGACUGGACAAUCGGAAUUCGUCAGCGUUGACUCGCAGACGCGACGCAGGCUGUCGCUUACAACUAGAUGCCAGUCUCUGGACCGCUCUUCAGCCAUCAAUCUACUUCUAUACUUUUAGAAAUGCAUGUCCGGUUUCCGAUCCGUGUCUGUAUCAAUAAAAGCCCUCGGAGCAUUUAGUUCCACAUCAUUGA